UCUCUAGCCGCGCUUCAACUAGAAACACUCACUCCGAUUCGACGUUUUCUUUUCUAGCAGAAAUGGACGCCAUCGGCAGUGGACAUUACGGGCUCUGGAACUGGAAUCCUUUGCCUGGGAAGCCCAAUUCACGUCGUCCUCGGCGGCAACGACGCUUCGAUUCCAAAUCUGAAUCCUAUGAUUCGGCCGACUCCGCCUGCAGCUCCGGUUUUCGUUUCCCCUUCAAGCAGGCCGUGGCCGCUGGCUCUCUCGCCCUCACCGGCGAUACGAUUGCUCAGCUGACGCAGCGUUGGAGGAAAGCAGAGGCUACGAAGAAACGCUCUGCUCUGGAUUCUGGUGGGGCCAGUCAGGAUGAACUGUGGAACCACCUCUUGGACCAUGAUUGGCUACGUGCCUUGCGAAUGACUUCCUAUGGUUUCCUUUUAUAUGGCCCUGGAUCUUAUGCUUGGUACAAGUAUCUUGACCACAUUUUGCCCAUAGCAACAGUGAAGAAUAUAAUGGUGAAGGUUUUACUAAACCAGAUUGUUUUGGGACCUUGUGUCAUUGCUGUCGUUUUUGCUUGGAACAAUUUAUGGCUGGGAAAACUCUCAGAGCUUCCAGAAAAAUACAGAAAAGAUGCCCUUCGCACACUGCUUUUUGGAUUUAGAUUCUGGAUCCCUGUCAGUGCAUUGAAUUUCUGGGUGGUGCCACUUCAAGCUCGAGUGGCUUUCAUGUCUACGGGCUCAGUAUUCUGGAAUUUCUUCUUGUCAUCAACAAUGAGCAAGUAAAAUGCGUGGAGGAAAUUUUCCAGCAACUUGGGUUGUUUGAAGAUUUCAGCAUGAGAUUAGCUCAUGGUCUUGCGGACUUGGGAAAGGAUGGUUGUGUGGAACAGGCAAUGAUUUCAAUAUAACAUUCUCAGGGUUCCGUUCAUUCAUUUCAGUUGAACGUAGGUUGCUGUGAAAGCCCCGCUGAAUUUUUGUUCUUGCCGGUUUUUAAAUGAAUAUACAGACUACAGAGACGACGAUAGCUCAUUUCUUAAUUGUAUCGCAGAAUUCUACUACAUUAA